ACCUCAUUACACUUUUGAAGACUGUUUAGUCCCGCCCUGUAGGUACAUGCUGAUCCUUAUAAAUGAUCUGUAUCACUGAGACAAUUCCACAUACUGUGUUGUCAGAGGAAGAGCAGAGGCUCCUGUCAGUGAAUGAAGCCAAGAAUGGAAGAAGCAACACUGGUCAUCUUACUGCUCUCAGGGCUGUCCACUCUCUCCGCCUACUUCAGCAGAGAAUACCACUACGUGGACCUGGAAAAGAGCUGGACUGAUGCUCAGACUUACUGCAGAGAGAGGUUCACUGACCUGGCCACCAUCGACAACAACAACGACAACCAAAGACUUCUGACUCUUGCAAACAAAAGAGGCAAAAGUGAUGGAUCUAUAUGGAUAGGGCUUUAUGAUGACAUUAAUAGUUGGAGGUGGUCAAUGGAGGACAAGGAAUUUUAUGUUGACAGAGCGGCUGAGUUUACGACCUGGUUUCAAGGCCAACCAAACAAUAAAGACGCAAAUCAGUACUGUGUAGCUUUCAAUAAAAAAAUGCAAUUGAACGAUCUACCCUGUAAUAGCUCCUGUUCUUUCGUCUGUUAUGAUGCCAACAGUACCACAAGUUAUGUCUUAGUGAGGAAGAAACAAAUCUGGUCGGUGGCUCAGGCCUACUGCAGGGAGCACCACGGAGACCUGGCCAGCAUAAGAAACAAAGAGGAGAAUGACAACAUCCAACUCACUUUGAAGUUAUCAAAGGUUGGGUCGGCAUGGAUCGGCCUCUACAGAGAACCCUGGGCCUUCUGGUCUGACAACAGCACCUCCACCUUCACUAACUGGGACACUGACCAACCUAAUAAGCGCUUGUCAAAUCACUUCUUUGGAGCCUUUUCCGCUAACUCUGGGAAAUGGACAAGUGCAAAGAGUGAAUUGACGAUACCUUUCUUCUGUUUCAAAGAGGUGACAAAACAAACAAUAUGGAAGAUUAAGAUUUGGUCUGUGGCUGACAUGAACAGCAAGGAGAUUCAACAGCAGGUUUUACAGCAGUUGCAUGCCCGCAUGGUGUCAAACGGACUGGAAAUCUUCAAAAUAGAGUGGAGAAAUGUCCUGAGCUACGGUGAGAACCACAAGAAGAAACCUGAUGGGGAAGUUAAACGCACAGAUGCACUGUGACUGGAUUUAACCAAUUAAUAUGUAAAGCUCAUUACAUGCUGCUCUGAGCUGUCCUAUCCUUCAAAUCCACUUCUAUUUUGGAGCGUUGUUGCAGAUUUGUUUUCUGUAAAUAGUAUCU